AUGCGCUUCUCGUCUAUCUCGACGGUUCUUCUAGGACUCAUCGGAUCGGUCAGUGCUUUCGGCGGUAUUGCUCCUGAUAGUAGACAGUUUAGAACCUUGGAGCGCCAUGGCCUUACUGUCUUCAAACAUGCCGCUACCGGUUCGAAGCUUGAGUAUGUGACCAAUUCAGGAAUCUGCGAGACGACACCUGGUGUUGGCCAAUACUCUGGAUACUUGUCUGUUGGGAAAAACCAUAGCAUGUGGUUCUGGUUCUUCGAAGCUCGUCACAAUGCUGAGAAGGCUCCCCUCGCUAUCUGGCUCAACGGCGGUCCUGGAUGUUCCUCAAUGAUAGGCCUCUUCACGGAACAUGGGCCUUGUCACUUUGUCAAUAACGACACUGAGCCAUCCCUCAACCCUCAUUCCUGGAACGAGUACGCGAACAUGCUCUACAUCGAUCAGCCAAUCGGUACUGGCUUCAGUGUUGGAACCGAAGAUGUCAACUCUACAGCACAAGCUGCCCCUUACAUCUGGAAAUUUAUGCAAGUCUUCUUGGACCGGUUUCCCAAAUACAAAUCCAGAGAAUUUGGUCUCUUUACACAGUCCUACGGUGGACACUAUGGCCCCGAAUUCGCCGACUACUUCCUCAAGAAGAAUGACCAAAUCGAGAAGGGUGAUGCUGAAGGCCACAAGGUCGAUAUGGUAGCGCUGGGCAUCAACAACGGCUGGAUCGAUCCGAAGCGGCAGUUCAAAUCCUACGCAACAUAUGCCAACCGCAACCCCUACAAACAGAUUCUUAACAACAAACUCUUCACUCGUUUCAUCGACGCUUACAAUAAGUAUUGUUUACCCGUCAUCAACAACUGCACCCAGCUCGAGGGUCAAGAUGAUGAAUGCGCGGAGGCUGAUGAUGCGUGCAACACCCAAAUGUACACCAACCUCGAGAUUGCAGGCAGAACCGACUUCAACGUUUACGAUGUGCGUAUCGGCAGGGAUGAUGUUGACCCGCCGGAGACGUUUCUUGAAUAUCUCACGCGGGCUGAGGUUAUGGAUGCGAUUGGAGCCAACACCCGUUUCGCCGAGUGCAGUGACACAGUUUAUGCAAACAUGGCAACGACGGGAGAUGGUGCGCGUUCAUACGUCGGGCCUUUGGCAGACGUUGUGAAGCGUGGCAUUAACACGCUUCUGUGGGCUGGAGAUACUGAUUGGAUCUGCAACUGGGAGGGCGUCCUAUGGGCAUCUUAUGCGCUCGAGUGGCCUGGCCAGAAGAAGUUCGUAGCAGCGCCUUUCAGCAAUUACACGAUCAACGGCACAGCCCAUGGCCGAUAUAAGACGGUAGAGAAUCUGUCCUUCCUCAAGGUUUGGGAGGCGGGACAUUCAGUGCCAUAUUAUCAACCUGAGACUGCACUGCAAGUGUUCAAGCAGGUUAUGCAGAAGAAGCCGAUCAAGGGAACCUAA